AUGCUGACCUAUCCCAGCUCCAGGACAGUCUGUGUCCCCUUGAGCCGCCUCGCCCUCCAGUCAACAGACAAGGCGGCUGCUUCCAAGGAAAUUUUCGCUCUCGUUGAGUCGCUUACUGGCUUAUGGGCAGCUCAAGUGAGCAAUGAUUCCACUAUUCUGGAUGAGAAGUUGGCCGAAUAUGCCUUCUUCCCUGUCAGUCACCUGCUCCGCUUCCAUGAUCAGUUCCCGAUUCGCGUGAUCGAAGCCAUCAUCAAGUUUCUAAGGUUCCUCAUCCAAUACGGCUGGAAGCACAAGAUCUCAGAGGACUUGGCCAUACAGCUGCUAUUCUUCUUCUCGUUCACCAUUAGCGGUACCCCAGGACAGGCCAAGAAUCGUCAUGUGCCCGAGGAAACCGUCGUGGAAGGAUUCAAAGCUCUCGAGGCUCUCAUUGUCGCGAUAGGACCCUCAAGCUUACUGGCAAGUAAGGCACCUGGAGAGGAGAAUGAGACAGUGACAGCAUUGGGGCCUGCCAUUACGGUCAUGCUGGAUGGGAUCACCAACGGUGUUGCCCCUGCGGUUCAGCUGGAAGCGCUGCAGUGCUUGCAGGCUGUUUACACUACAACACGCAAUCAGCAUGUCCUUGCCAGGUUUCUUCCGGGUACGGUGUCAUCGCUCACCAAGGCUCUGGCACCGCCACUACAGCAAAAGACACAGAGGAGGGUUCUGGUACGAUGCUUACAAGUUCUCAAUCUCGUUCUUGUCAACGUUUUGGGUGACUUCAAGGUUAGGGGGAUAUUGAAGCAGAUCGAGACGGAAGACAAGGCGAAAAAGGAUGCUCAGCCUAGCGAUGGCGCAGAAAAGCCCCAGACUGAACUGACAUCCGCUUGGCUCAGGGCUACGACAGCUCAGAUCAAAAUCGCAUUGGCCGCAGCGCUCAAAAUCCGGACUCAUGAGGCUCAGGACGUUCAGUCAGCUGUCAGCAAGUUUUGUAUCAGCCUGUUGGACGAAUGCCACUUAUCACUAGCCAACUGCCAGUCGAUCCUGGUAGAGAGCGCAAUGAUGGUCGAGAACGAAGAGACCGAACGGUCAAUGCUCGAAACCAGCUUACAGGAUCUUGCGGCUAUACACCCCGAGCUGGGCGAUUGUAUUCAGGCUACACUUUACAACUGGGUCACCAGCCUCCCUAGGUUGAUACAGUCUAACGAUGACCGCAUCAAGCAGCUUGCAGUUAGAAACAUACUCAGGGGCUCCAAAAUGGCUUCAGGCAUGGGAAUGGGCUCGUCGACGCUGAACGAUUCCUUGGGCGAUUCUCUGCGAGACAGCAUAGUUGCCUUGAUCAAGAGCUCAAAGCCUUCAAAGGUCGUGGGAGAUGUUGACGAGACUAGUCUAUCUACAGCCACUGACCUCGCUGUGUCACGCCCUGACAUUCAGACAUAUCCUCCAGUUUUGCUGGACUCGGAGGGCAUCAGGUCGACAAGGGCGGAAAUCACCAAGCUGAUAGCCAACAUUGGCUCGCCAGCUCAGCAAACAAAGCUAGCCGCUGCAAUGUUAGGUUACCUACGAGACUCCGAAGGCGUCGAACAGAUCGCCUCAUACUGGCUUGCCUUUGAGCUUCUCAAGACAACGUACAAUAGUACGUCGGAUAUGGAGGAGCUAUUGGACAUGUCUUCUCUCGAUGAGAACCAAUACCAAGAACAGGUCUUCCAGGAGCUCUACGAUUUCUCUGCUUCCGUCUUGGCUUCCCAUUCGGACUCACAAGAUAACGACUGGCGUAUUGAGGCGAUUGCGCUCGAAGUGACUGCUUUUGCGGCAUCUCGUAUGAAGGAAGAGUUCCGGCCAGAGCUGAUCGAUGUGCUCUACCCUGUCACCACAUUCCUCGGGUCGCCAACACCGCAACUGCGCAGUCAUGCUAUCACCACAUUGAACGUGAUAGCGGCCUCAUGCGGAUACAAGAAUGUCUCGGAGCUGGUAGUCGACAAUGCGGAUUACAUGGUCAACUCCAUCUCUCUCCGCCUCAACACGUUUGACAUCUCUCCAGCCUCCACCAAGGUACUGGUGAUGUUGAUACGCCUGACGGGACCAAGGCUGAUUCCCUUCCUGGAUGACGUUGUAGCCGCCAUCUUCGCAGCCCUCGACAACUAUCACGGCUACCCCGUAUUUGUCGAGAGUCUAUUCUCCGUUCUCUCCGAGGUAGUCACCCAAGGCGUCAAAUCAGACAUGCUUCUUCUCGAAGGAUCCAACCCACAAACCGUCAGCCACCUCAAACGAGGCCCGAAACCACUCGGCGUCGGUUACAUCAUUGACAGCCUCAACAAACGUGGCGAACGAACCAAGCGGGCCCGAGAAGAAGAAGAGGCUGAACCACCUCGCCCACACCCCAAAGAGGCAUGGGGCCCGGGCAAAACCAAGGAAGCAUCCGAAGCCAAAUCCCUCCUCGACCAGCUGGAGAACCCCGACCCGGAAGAAGACGACAAAGAAGAUGGCCUACCAGAUGACCCCUCCUCAGCCCUCGCCACCCGCGAAGACGACGAAAAGAAGAACCAGCCCUCCAACACACCCACCUACGCUCUGCUCACCCGCGUCCUCACUCUCUCCCAGCACUACCUCACCUCCCCCACACCUACCUUGCGCAAGUCCCUGCUCGACCUCGUGGCCACCGUCUCACCUGCCCUAGCGCCCGACGAAAAUGCCUUUUUGCCACGGUCCACACUGUCUGGCCGGUUGUGGUAG